AUGUUCUCUAUUUUUAUGAAAAUUCCGGAUACUGCUCAAGUUGAUGCCGUUUUCUCCGAAGCGUAUGCUUCAAUAGAACAGGGAUUAUGCUAUGAUGAAGUUUCAGACUGGGAAAAUACGCUGGCGAUGUAUGAAAAAGGAAUUAAUCUGAUAAAGGAAGGGGAGAAGAUGAAAAAUGCAAAAAAGAGCGAAAUGUGGAAGAUGCUGCAGGAAGCGAAGCCAAGUGUUGAAAAGCGAAUUCAAGUUCUCAAAAAAGAAGGACCCCGAGCACCGUCGUCGGAAAAGAUAAAAAAAGCUGAGGAAAGUGUGGAAAAUGAAAAAGAAGCAAUUAGAACGCAACUAGAUUCAUUUGGAUCUCAAGAGGCUGAUUUGAUCUAUUUCUUGCCAGAGGGAGUUCAAUUAUUCACUAUCGAUGCUGAGAAAACUACUGCUCCGACAGCUCCAACGUCCCUCCAAAUUCUUCGUUUCCCGAAACCAAUUGAUAAUGGACCGUCUUCGGAUACUCUUGCAUUCAUUCAAGUUGGACCAUGGGUUUAUCCACUGAUGGGUCCCAAAACUCCAGUUCUUCGUAACGAAAUUGGAGCAUAUGUUUUGGCCAAUCCCACACCUGAAAAUCCAAAUAUGAAUGUAGCUAUUCUUCUCUCAUCGGAUAUUGAGCCUCGCCUCGUUGAAGAACUCAAUAUGGUUCUUCGAGAGUUCACAGACUUCAAGGAACAAACUGAGGCAACUGUGGAGCUCAGCAAAGACGAAAAGAAGAAACUGUCCACUCAAGUAGCUAAUUUCUUGAUCAAAGGCGGUCAGAAAAUAGCAUGGGGCGUGGAAACAACUACUGUGAAAAUUAUAUCAAGAGUCGAGGAUAAUGGAGAGCAAUAUAGAACUACUCUCGUGGCCACGGACAAGCCUAUGCAAGUAUCGCCAGUUGUGAAAGGAAGUGUGGUUUAUAUGCACACAGGAACAAAAACAGUUGCUAAGUGUACUAGAUAUUUAUUGGACAAGAUAGGAGAGAUGGGAGUUUCGGUUGGAAGAUCGCUUGCAGAUAGCGCUCAACGAAGAUUCGGAGAUGGAAAAACUGGUGGACUUGUGUCGGGAACUAUUGAAGUCCUCGGAGGUGGCAUCGCAGGUGUAUCAACUGUCUGGAUGAGUUUAGAGGAUGGUUCACGUCACUUGUGCCGGAGCAUCGCCAACCAAACCGUUCAAAAUGUCAAACUGAAAUAUGGAGAUGAUGCAUCGGACACAACUCAUCACGCUCUGUUUGCUGCAGGCCAUGGAACCCUCGCUGCUGCUCAACUUUGGGAUUUAGGACCGAGAAGUGUGGCUGGAAGAAUGGCAAGAAAGGCUGGUAUCCAAAUGGUGUCUGAUUUGCAUCACAGUCGGCAUGGAAGUCAAGCCAGCCAAGGAGCUCCAGCAUUAGAAGCCAAGAAAGCCCUCUGA